CAUGAUCACUCACACUCAAAAAUGCAAAGCAUACAUAAGACUUUGCAAGAGAGAAAACAAGAAAGAGAAAUGGCAAACGACAUAGCAACAAACUGGAAAGUUCUUAGUGGGGAGAAAAACUGGGAGGAUCUUUUAGACCCUAUUGACGAUAAUCUCCGCCGCUAUCUCAUUCGCUAUGGUCAAUUAACUGGAACUGUUGGUGAUGCCUUCAAUGACGUGAAGGUAUCUGAUGCAUAUGCACUUUGCCGAUAUCCGCCAGAGGCAUACUUCACUCGGACAGGCAUACAACUUGGGAAUCCCUUCAAAUACCAAGUGACUGACUACUUUUAUGGGAGAUCAGAAAUCCAUUUUAGUGAAUGGACCCCUGCUAAGCGAUCUGCUUAUUUUGGGUUCGUUGCUGUAGCCACAGAUGAAGGGAAGCUUGCUCUAGGAAGAAGGGACAUUGUGGUCUGCUGGAGAGGGACUGUCUUGAAAAUCGAAUGGUUCAAAGAUUUUGACUGCACUUUAACCUCAGCUUCUGAUAUAUUUCCUAACACCAAAGCUAAGGUGCACCAUGGUUUCCACGGUAUCUACGCAACCAAAGAUUCAGAUUCCACAUACAAUAAGACUAGCGCCAGAGAGCAGGUUCUAGGAGCGGUUAGGAGACUUGUGGACAAGUACGCAGAAUUAAACGAGGAAGUGAGCAUAACUGUAACUGGCCACAGCUUGGGUGCAGCCCUUGCAACCCUUAACGCGAUGGACAUAGCUGCCAAUGGCUAUAACAAGCCAAGUGGAUCAGAGACUGUAUAUCCGGUCACUGCCUUUGUUUAUGCGAGCCCCCGCGUUGGAGACAAAGCUUUCCGCGAAGUGUUCACUGGACUGAGCGACCUUCAUCUGUUACGCUUGAAAAAUAAUAAGGAUAUUGUUCCUGAUCUUCCAGUACCUGUUCCGAUAAUCUUUCCCUACGAAGAUGUUGGUGUGGAGCUGUACAUUGACACCACCAAAUCACCAUCCAUAAAGCAUGAGAGUAUCGCAGAAGCACAUGAUUUGAACCUUUAUCUUCAUGGAGUUGCAGGUUACCAAGGGAAGAAUGCAGCUUUCAACUUGGUCAUUACUGAUCUUGAUAUUGCACUGGUGAAUAAACAUAACGAUCUUUUAACGGAUGAUCGUAAGGUGCCACCGAAAUGGUGGAGUAAUGUGCCCAACAAAGGCAUGAUUCAGAUUGACAUAGGGUUCUGGAAGCUGAAUGAUUAUAUUCCAGAUCCUCCAAGCGAUGAUGCUUCUGAGAAUGGCACCAAUUAAGUAUGCUUAAUUAUGUGGGUUAUAAUAAAUAAAAAGUGUGAUAAAAAAUAAACUCUUCCUCUGCUUUGUAUGCAGUGGAUAGCCUGAAGUUGCUUUCUCUGUUAUUCCUUGGACUAGGUCUUUGGUGUAACCUCUAUAUAUUGGUUUGUUAGCUUGUUGGCCUAUAGUCCUAUUUUCUUGUGGUAUCCUGUACCUUAUGUUUCAAAUAAAGAUGAGUUCAUCUGGCUUGCUUUUUGUGA